AGCUCAUCGUUUUGAGCACCGCUACGAAAUAUCACAGAUCUGCCGGACCGUUCUCUCUGUCAUUUUCAGACGUCACUUCUCACCUGUCCGACGUCCCACGUCAAUUAAAACUCCAACAAACCAUUUGAAAAUUGAAACUCUACUUCUUCUUCCCCAUCAGAAAUUGAGACGUAGACGUAGGAAGGAAGAAAGAAAGAUAGAAUUGUGAAGCAGAGCGCAGUAGUGAAAUGGGUAGCAACGCGAAGGGAAGGACUGUGCUUGAGGUUGGAGCUGAUGGGGUGGCGCUCAUCACCAUCAUCAACCCUCCUGUCAAUUCCCUCUCCUUUGAUGUGUUAUUUGGCUUGAAAGAGAGCUAUGAGGAGGCUCUGAGGAGAGAAGAUGUCAAGGCAAUUGUCGUUACAGGUGCCAGAGGGAAAUUCUCUGGCGGAUUUGAUAUUACUGCUUUUGGUGGACUUCAAGGAGGGCAGACAGCGGAGCCGAAGCCUGGUUAUAUAUCUGUGGAGGUUAUCACUAACACUGUAGAAGGUGCUAGGAAACCUUCAGUUGCUGCCAUUGAUGGCCUAGCAUUGGGGGGAGGAUUAGAGGUUGCGAUGGCUUGCCAUGCUCGAAUAUCAACUCCGACUGCCCAAUUAGGCUUGCCAGAACUUCAGCUUGGACUCAUCCCUGGAUUUGGAGGAACGCAACGGCUUCCGCGUCUUGUUGGAAUUUCAAAGGCACUUGAAAUGAUGCUGACUUCAAAACCGGUUAAAGGGGAAGAGGCUCAUGAUUUAGGCCUUGUUGAUGCUAUAGUUUCACCUGAUGAGUUGGUAAGCACUGCACGUCGGUGGGCCUUGGAUAUCUUGGAGCGUCGGAGACCAUGGGUUGCUAGUCUUCAUAAGACUGACAAGUUAGAACCCCUUGGCGAAGCUAGGGAAAUACUUAAAUUUGCAAGAGCUCAAGUACAGAGGCAGGCUCCCAAUCUCAAACAUCCAUUGGUUUGCAUUGAUGUUGUUGAAGAGGGUAUAGCUUCUGGUGGCCGGGCUGGACUUUGGAAGGAAGCUCAAGAAUUUCAAGGACUUCUGCGUGCUGACACUUGCAAGAGCUUGGUCCACGUCUUCUUUGCUCAACGUGGAACAUCAAAGGUACCUGGGGUUACUGAUCGAGGUUUGGUGCCUAGACGAGUGACUAAGGUUGCUGUCAUUGGUGGAGGCUUGAUGGGCUCUGGAAUAACUACAGCAUUGAUUCUUAGUAAUUAUCCAGUGAUCCUGAAAGAAGUGAAUGAGAAGUUCUUGCAGGCUGGGAUUGGUAGAGUCAAAGCCAAUCUGCAGAGCCGCGUCAAAAAAGGGAAAAUGACUGAAGAGAAGUUUGAGAAGACGCUCUCUCUUCUUAAAGGUACCCUGGACUAUGAAAGCUUUAGAGAUGUUGACAUAGUCAUAGAGGCAGUUAUUGAGAAGGUUUCUUUAAAGCAACAAAUUUUUGCUGACCUUGAAAAAUAUUGCCCACAACACUGCAUACUUGCUAGUAACACUUCCACAAUUGACUUGAACCUUAUUGGAGAGAAGACCAAAUCCCAUGAUCGAAUUAUUGGAGCCCAUUUCUUUAGUCCAGCACAUGUCAUGCCACUUUUGGAAAUUGUUCGCACUAAUCAGACAUCUCCACAAGUUAUUGUUGAUUUGCUAGAAGUUGGGAAGAAGAUAAAGAAAACCCCAGUUGUUGUUGGGAACUGCACUGGAUUUGCUGUUAACAGAAUGUUCUUUCCUUAUACCCAAGCUGGUCUUCUGCUUAUUGAGCGUGGUGCAGAUGUAUAUCAGAUUGACAGGGCAAUCACCAAAUUUGGAAUGCCCAUGGGCCCAUUCAGAUUGGCUGAUCUGGUUGGCUUUGGUGUGGCGAUUGCAACUGGCAUGCAAUUUAUUGAGAAUUUUCCUGAGCGGACAUAUAAGUCGAUGCUUAUUCCUAUGAUGCAGGAGGAUGGGAGAGCAGGUGAAACUACAAAAAGAGGGUUUUAUGUUUAUGAUGAUAAACGCAAAGCUAAGCCAGAUCCUGAAUUGAAGAAGUACAUUGAGAAGUCAAGAAGCAUUUCUGGUCUUUCAAUAGAUGCCAAGCUAGUGAAGUUACCAGAAAAGGACAUUGUGGAAAUGAUCUUUUUCCCUGUUGUGAAUGAGGCCUGCAGAGUGUAUGCUGAAGGUAUUGCUGUAAAAGCUGCUGACCUUGAUAUUGCUUCAGUCAUGGGCAUGGGGUUUCCACCUUACAGGGGAGGUAUCAUGUUCUGGGCCGAUUUACUUGGAUCCAAAUACAUAUAUUCAAGACUGGAGCAAUGGUCAAACAUUUAUGGUGAAUUUUUCAAGCCUUGUGCCUAUUUAGCUGAAAGGGCUGCACAGGGAGCUCCUCUGAGCUGUCCUUUGAAGCAAUCAAAAUCUCGGUUAUAAAUUAUGAGAUUGCCAUUGUUGCUUCGACUGUUUCCCACAGCAUGGCAAUUAUUGGUUUCUCAUUUCUGUAGUCAUAAGUUUUGUUCUCUUUUAUGUUUUAUAUGGCUCAGGAACGUUUAAAUAAUGUUCGAGGAGAUGGCGAUUGUUGUUAUAGUGAUCGCUUGGAGAAUAACUGCCACUAGUUACUUGCUCAAUGUGUAACAUGUGAUGACUUCUAUAGUUUAGAAAUCUAUGUUAUUAACAAAGAUACUUUCCCAUAUAUUUUAAAUGGUAUACAAUCAUUAUAUUUCUUCUCA